CCUAUCCAGGCCAGCCCUUGCUAUUUCCUUUCCGGUGCUAGGUAGUACUGAGGAACAGGUCACAGGCUCAGGAAGAUGCUUCGGUAAGAACAAGCAGCCUACCGCCAGCUGCCAGGCCAGUCAGCCAUAGACUACACACGUUAUAGCCCAGGAAGUGUUUGCGCAGGCGCAGAAGCGCGAAUAGGCGGGGCCUCAAACUUAGGCUCCGCCUAGCGGUCACGUGCUUCCUCUCCCGCGGUAGACUGAGCGGCGGCGCUUGCGGGAAGACCCUGUCCAGGGUUCUCCUGGGGUGCCGCCGCGCUAAUGUCGCGCUCGAGGAGUCUGAUCCUGCAGCCCUGGAUUCGAGAGCUGAUCCUGGGCUCAGAAACACUGUCAAGUCCACGAGCCGGGCAGCUACUCAAGGUACUGCAGGACUCGGAGACUCCGGGCCCAUCUUCCGCCCCUGACACACCUGACUCCGGGGCCGAGUUGCUUGUGUCAGACGGAACCCACAGUAUCCGAUGCCUGGUGACGCGCAAUGCCAUCGACACCUCCGAGUGGGAGGAGAAGGAGUUCGGAUUCCGUGGGUCAGAGGGCCGGCUCCUGCGGCUGCAGGCCUGCGGGGUCCGCGUUCAGGUUGCUCAGGAGCGUGCGCCUUCGGAGUUCUACCUCCAGGUGGACCGCUUUGACCUGCUGCCCACGGAGCAGCCCCGGGUACAGGUGAUUGGUUGCAAUCAGGAUCCGGACGUGCAGAGAAAACUCUGUGAAUGCCUUGAGGACCACCUUUCAGAGUCUGCUUCUUCCAGUGCAGGCCUAACACUGACUCAGCUUCUGGAGGAGGUGGAGGAGGAUCAGAAUCAUCGGGGGGCACUGGUGCGUCUAGCUGAGAGCUGCCUGAUGCUAUCAGGCCCUUGCACAGCCACCCCCCUCACCCACUGGACUGCCUCUUGCUUCCAGGCCACGGAAGAAGCCGUGUUCACGGUCUCUGGCUUGUUGCUGCACAUCUCUGAGAAUGAUGAGCAGAUUCUGAGUUCUGUUGGCUCAAGUCAGAAGGCACAGGGAACCCCUGCUUCACUCAGUCACAUGCCAUCGGAGGAAAAUGAUGCCAGUGUUAGCCUUCUGUCAGACUUGGCUGUAUCAGACCCCGGGCAGAAGGACAGCUCCCAGUCUCCACCAGCUGUUUGCUCAUCCUCCUUAAUACCUCAGGCUCCCAGUUCCCCACCCCACAGUUCUAAACCCAGCUCCCAACUCCUGACCUGUACCCCUAGUCUCUUGCCCCCUGGCCGUGCCCCCAGUCCACCCCAGGCCCAUGUGACCAGAGCCCAGGCUCAUGGCCUGGAGAUCAGGGAGCCCCAAUGGCCCAUCAAGAAACAGCAGCUUUUCCCAAGAACCAGAGCCAAGGGAGCCCAGGGACCCUGCUCUGUCUGGAUGCUACACCCCUUUCAGGAACCCCCAAAGAGGCAUCUUGAUGCUUCUGCUUUCCAGUAUGAAUAUGAGACACCCUCUGCCUCCCUCCAUGCCCAAGUCCAAACUGCCAGGCUUUCUCCUCAGCUUGUAGCUUGGGCCUUGAACUUGGUGAUGGAGUCAGUCUGAGUUAACGCAGGUAUGAGGAGUCACCUGGACAUAUCAGAGGAUGUACCCACAGGUCUACGGACAAACAGUAUUCGAUACCCUGUUUCAUUCAAGUUUUUUAAUAAAAUAAUUUCAUGCGGCAGGAGA